AUGAAAUCGGCGUAUAAAGUUGAAGAAAUCCAACCGGAGUGCUUCAGUAGGGAUAUUCUCAACAUGGAGGACUGGAAGCCACUUCUUAUUCUUCUCUUUGCAAUCACCUGCUGCUGUACAGAUGCACAGCAGACUGCAGAUUGCAGAAAAGCCACUUUGGCAGACAUUGUCUUUUUAGUGGAUACAUCAACAAGCAUUGGCCAAGAAAACUUUCAGAAGGUGAAGGAUUUCCUCUCCACUUUUGUUUCAAGCCUUGAUAUUGGCCUUGAUGCGAUCCGAGUUGGGCUGGCACAGUACAGUGAUGAGACUUACCGAAUAUUCUUGCUGAAUCAGUAUUCAUCGAAAAGUGAUGUGCUGAAGCAGAUUGAAGAUUUGCCAUAUGGGAGGGGAGAAACUUACACAGGGACAGCUCUGGAUUUUGUCAGCACUGUGUACUUCACUGAAUUUGCUGGUAGCAGAGCUAAGGAUUAUGUCCCGCAGGUAGUCAUUCUAAUCAGCAUCGGAGAAUCCAAAGAUGAAGUUGAAGGGCCUGCCAGGAAGCUGAGAGAGAGAGGCAUCUCUGUCUACGUUGUUGCAGUUGGUGUUCAGAAUAAAGCUGAGCUGCAGCAAAUAGCCAGCAAACCUUUUAAUAAAUUUCUGUACAGCGUUGAUAGCUUUGAUGAUCUUCAAGACCUCUCCAUAAGACUUUUGAGAAACUUCUGCUUUGCAGUUGAAAGCCAGAUAGAAGCAUUUGCAAAACAAUAUGCUGAUGUUAUUUUCCUUAUUGACUCCACUGAGAAUAUGACGCCUUCAGCUUUUGAGGAAGUAAAACAUUUCAUCUCCCAGAUAGUCAAACAGCUAGACGUUGGGCUUAAUAAGUACAGUAUUGGCCUAGCCCAGUUUAGCGGGAUAGGACAGGUGGAGUUUUUACUGAACACAUAUGAAAAUAAAGAAGAGGUACUUGACCACAUUCAGCACAGUGUUGCAUUUGCUGGAGGCUCCUUGCAGACUGGAAAUGCCCUGGAGUUCUUGCAGGAAACCUUUUUUGUGGAUGGUGCUGGAAGCCGGCUCAGUGAAGGCACUCCACAAGUUGUAGUGGUCAUCACACCCUCUGAAUCCAGAGACGAUAUCAUGGAGGCAACUUGGGCACUGGAAGAGAUGGGGGUAAAAGUUGUUUCAGUUGAUAUUGGAAACUCUAAAAAAGAAGAAGCAAAGGUGAGAGCCCCCUUCACCAUGACUUACCAGAUUUACGAAGGAGAGAGCAUUGAUCUCGUGCAGCAAAAUGUUGUCAGUGAUAUGGAAGCCUCUGUUCAGAAGCUUUAUGACCUUGAUCCAAGUGUGCCAGCAGUGUGUUCCAGUGCGACUAUUGCAGAUAUUGUUUUUCUUGUGGAUGAAUCCAGCAAAAUUGGGUCAAAAAACUUUCAGCUGAUUAGGGCCUUUCUGUUAAAAAUUGUUAAUGCCCUGGAUAUUGGCCCAAGUAAUGUAAGAGUUGGAUUAGUGCUAUACAGUAAUGAACCAAGGCUAGAGUUCACCCUGGACACAUUCAAGGACAAAUCAGAAAUCCUGACCUACUUGAAGAACUUACCGUAUCGAGGUGGGCAAGCAUACACUGGAGUAGCUAUUGACUUCCUGAGGAAGAAGGUUUUUACUGAAGAAGCAGGUAGCAGGCAAAAACAUGGAGUGCAGCAAAUUGCUGUGGUUAUCACUGAUGACCAAUCGUUGGAUGAUUACGCCGAACCAGCAUCUAAACUAAGGCGUAAAGGUGUUACUGUCUAUGCUGUGGGUGUCCAAAAUGUCACAGAGAGUAGCAAGCUUGAUAAAAUUGCAACCUAUCCCCCAAGGAAACACCUCAUCAGCCUGAAGUUUUUUCUACAGCUGUCAAAUAUUGGAUGGAAAAUUAAAAAACGACUUUGUAACGAGAUUGUGACAAAAACCUUUGUAGUCCCAUUACAAUCACAGAGUCUGAAAGAAGCUUGUAUGGACACAGAGGAAGCUGACAUUUAUUUCUUGAUUGAUGGCUCUGACAGCAUAAAUCCAUCUGAUUUCGAGGACAUGAAAACAUUCAUGAAUGAGAUGAUCAGGAUGUUUCAAGUUGGUGCCAGCGCUGUUCGCUUUGGCGUGGUUCAGUAUUCAGCCGAGUCGAGGACAGAAUUCAUGCUUGGCCAGCAUAACCAAAUGACGAGGUUAACAGAGGCAAUUAGGAAUAUUGAUCAAAUAGGUGGAGGCACCCAAACUGGAAAUGCUUUAAGGUCAAUGAAAAGUCUAUUCAAAAUGGCUGCCAGGGAAAAUGUUCCACAGAUCCUCAUAGCGAUUACAGAUGGUAAAUCCCAAGAUACGGUGAAUCAGGCAGCAGAAGAGCUGAGGCAGCAGAAGAUCGCUGUAUAUGCCAUUGGCGUCAAGGAGGCUGUUCAGAAAGAGCUGGCAGAAAUAGCGGAGACAAAAGACAGAGUAUUCUUUGUGAACAACUUUGAUUCCCUGAAGCUUAUUAAACAUGACAUUGUGCGAGAUAUCUGUUCAACAAAUGUCUGUAAGAAUUUGAGAGCUGAUGUUGUUUUCCUAGUGGAUGGUUCAGAGAGUAUUUGUCCAGCUGAGUUUCAGAAGAUGAAGGAUUUCAUGCAGUCAUUUGUGGCCAAAGUGGAUGUUGGGCUUGAUAAUGUUCGAAUUGGCUUGCUGCAGUUCAGCUCUGAAAUAAGAGAAGAGUUCCAGCUUGACAGAUACAGCACCAUGAGUGAUCUGCAGAGAGCCAUUCAGGAAAUGCAGCAGAUCAAAUCAGGAACACUUACCGGGAAAACACUGAGCUUUGCUGCCUCUUGCUUUGACCGAUAUAGGGGAGGGCGUCCUGAAUUAAAACAGUACCUAAUAGUGAUCACUGAUGGGAAAUCCCAAGAUCCAGUGAAAACCCCAGCCAGGGCCAUGCGGGACAAAGGUAUCACCAUUUAUGCCAUUGGUAUGCUCCAGGCAAACAAUUCCCAGCUUGUGGAGAUUGCUGGCACUCAAGACAAAGUGUUCUUUGAGGAUAACAUUAACUUCCUGGAGAAGCAGAUUCUCUUUGAAAUUUGCAAUCUAGAAAAUUUGUGCAAAAGGGCAGAAGUUGCUGAUAUCAUGUUUGUUGUGCAUGGAUCGUCCAGCGUUACAGACCUGCAAUUCAAGAAUGUGCAGCGUCUUAUGGAAGCAGUAGUUAAUGACUCAGUGGUUGCAGUGGACAAAGUUCAGUUUGGUGUUUUGGUGUAUAGCUCUGAACAGAAGGUGCAUUUUUCACUUAAUUCAUACUUCUUCAAGUCUCAGAUCAGAGAAGCAAUACUGAACUUGAAGCCUCUGCCAGGCCAGCCCUUCACAGCAAGAGCUUUGAGCUUUGCCAGGCAGAGAUUUGGUGUGAACUGUGGUGGGCGUGCAUCUUCUCUUGCUGUCACCAGGAUCCUCAUUCUUAUUACUGAUGAACCAACUGUACCAUCAGAUAGAGCCAACCUUCCUGCAGCCGUAAAAGCUUUGAAGAAAGAUGGAAUCAACUUGGUUGCUGUUGGAGUGAGCACAGCAAGCAGAGCAGAACUUCAAGAGAUUACUGGAGAUCAAGAACAAUUAUUCUUUGCACAAAGCUAUGAUUCACUGGAAAGCAUACAUGAAAACCUUAAGCAAGUAGUGUGUGAGAAAUCUCAGCCAGUUUGCAGCAAUCAAGUGGCAGAUCUGGUAUUCUUGAUAGAUGGGUCCGAAAGCAUAUCAAAAAAUAACUUUUCAAUCAUGAAGACCUUCAUGAAGGAAAUUGUGGACGGUUUUGUUAUUUCUAAGGAUAAAGUACAUGUUGGGGUAGUCCAGUAUAGCCAAGACCCCCAAAAAGAAUUUUCUCUUAAUGACUUCUAUACCAACGCCAUCAUAAAGGAACAGAUCGACAGCAUUGAGCAGUUGCAGUCCUCUACAUUCACUGGCAAAGGGCUGAGGUUUGUCCGGAGCCUUUUUGAGCCUGCCAAUGGAGGCCGCAAUAGCCAAGGAGUCUCACAGAGCCUUGUUGUGAUUACAGAUGGGUACUCUGAUGACAAUGUGGAGGAUGCAGCGCUGGCUCUGAGGACCAUUGGGAUACAUGUCUUUGCAGUUGGCAUAGGGAUUAUAAACAAUUUUGAGCUGCUUCGAAUAGCUGGUGAUGCAAGGAGAGUGUUCACAGUGGAGAACUUUGAUGCAUUGAGAACCAUCAAGAGAAAUAUUGUUGAUGAGGUCUGUGAAUCUGGAGAUUCUCCUAGCCAGGAUUGCAACAUAGAUCUUUCUAUAGGAAUUGAUAUUUCAGGGAGCGUACGGCCAGUAUCCACACUGCAUCUAAAACAGAAAUUACAAACAUUCCUCCCCAAACUUCUACUCCAGAUGAAAUCACUGCCCAGUGUCAGCUGUAAUAUUGGCUCUCCAGUUAAUGUUAGGUUCAAGUUCCAAGCUUUGUCACAGACCAACCAAUUCAUCUUUGACUCUGAUUUUGAAGACUAUAAUGAAGAGAUCAUCCAUAAGUUCUUAGAUGCACAAACUACUAUAGACACCUACCUUAACGCAGACAUCUUACAGGCACUUUGGGAGAAGUUCUUUAGUGUGACCUCUGCUAAAGUGAAGGUUCUGUUAGUAUUUUCGGAUGGGCUGGAUGAUUCACUGGAAAAUCUAAGAAAAGCAGCCAACUCCCUUCGCCUCAAAGGUCUUGAUGCACUUUUAAUAAUUGGCAUGGACAAUACACAGAACUUGACUGAACUUCGAGAAAUAGAGUUUGGCAGAGGGUUUGGAUACAACGAACCUCUGAGUGUUGGAUUUGCAGAUAUUGCAAGCAUCUUGCAGAGAAACCUCGAUAUUAUUGCAGAAAGGAAAUGCUGUAAUGUUAUUUGUAAAUGCCUUGGAGAAAAUGGUGAUCACGGUGGCCGGGGACACCCUGGAAGGAAGGGAAGUACAGGUUACAGAGGAUCUCCUGGCCAUCCUGGUGAGGAAGGUGGGACUGGGGAGAGAGGUCCAGCCGGUUUCAAUGGGACUCGAGGAGACAGGGGAUGUUCAGGUGCCAGAGGUCGUAAGGGGUCCCGAGGCUAUCAGGGAAGCCAGGGUGAACAUGGUGAGAAUGGAUUUGAUGGCACUGAUGGAGAACAGGGAGAACAUGGAUCUCCUGGUCCUUCUGGUGAGAAAGGCAGGCCAGGAAAACAGGGUAGAAAAGGCCCCAGAGGAGAAUCGGGUGAGCGAGGAGAGCCUGGUCUAAGAGGAGAUCACGGGGAUCCUGGAAUUAGUAAUGAUGUUUCUGGUCCUAUGGGUGAAAAAGGAAACCCAGCACAGCAGGGGGAUCCAGGACCACAAGGACUCCAAGGAGAGCAAGGAAAUGCUGGUGCUGAUGGUGCAGAAGGUCGAAGAGGCCCUCCAGGCAUAAAGGGUGAGCAAGGAGAUCUGGGGGAAUCGGGUUACCCAGGAGACCCUGGUUUUCCAGGCCCACAGGGCCCAAGAGGACCAGAAGGAAUCAGAGGACCUCCAGGACCACAAGGCAUGCCAGGCCUUCCGGCUAGUUCAGGACCCCCAGGUCCACCAGGCUCUGCUGGGAAGCAUGGUGCAAGGGGAGCAAAGGGUGAGCCUGGUGACCCCGGAGAGAAGGGUGUAGUGGGACCAGCUGGACAGAGGGGUGUGCCGGGCAUGGAUGGCAGAGAUGUCUAUGGUCCUGAAGGGAGCAAAGGAGCAAAGGGAGAAUCUGGAUUCAUUGGAUAUCCUGGUCCACAGGGAGAAGAUGGGGAUCCAGGUAUCCCAGGAGCUGAAGGACCCAAAGGAGUUAGAGGUAGAAGGGGUAAUGCUGGCACACCAGGUUCCCUCGGAGAUCCAGGGGACCAAGGGCCACCAGGAGCUAUGGGUACCAAGGGACCAAGAGGCACAAUUGCAAUGGAACCUUGUGAACUUGUGAAUUUUACACGACAAAACUGCCCUUGCUCAUCAGACACAUGUCCAGUUUAUCCAACUGAAGUGGUGUUUGCCCUUGAUAUGUCUGAAGAUGUUACUCCGGCUGCAUUUGAAAGAAUGAGGAACAUUGUCAUGUCUUUGCUUAGGACCACUAAGAUCAGUGAAAGCAACUGCCCAACAGGCGCUCGCGUCUCCAUUGUUUCUUUCAAUACCAACACGCGCUAUCUCAUCCGAUUCUCAGAAUUCCAAAAGAGCAGCUUGCUGCUACAAGCAGUCCAGAGAAUACCGCUAGAGAGAUCCAGUGGAAAACGUAAUAUUGGGGCAGCCAUGAGGUUUGUGGCAAGGAAUGUCUUUAAACGGGUUCGUCAGGGCAUCCUCACAAGAAAAGUUGCCGUAUUUUUUGCCAAUGGUCCAUCACAGGAUGAUGAUGUCGUCAGCACAGCUGCACUUGAGUUGAGUGCCUUGGAUAUCACUCCAGUGGUUAUUGCCUUCAGUGAAGUGCCAAAUGUCAGGCGUGCCUUCUCAAUUGAUGAUACCAGAAGAUUUCAGUUAUUUAUCUGGGAAAGACAACAGAGUGAAAGUUUGGAGAGCAUCAUGUAUUGUACUCUUUGCUAUGAUAAAUGCAAACCAAGUACCACCUGUGAGGUUCCUAUUCCUCCUCCUGUUCUGAUGGAUAUGGAUAUCACUUACAUCAUGGACAGCUCUGGCAGCAUCAGCAGUGAAGAGUUUCAGAGAGCCAAAGACUUUGUGAGCAACAUGCUAGAUCAGUUUGUCAUUGCCCCACAGCCAAGCGAGUCAUAUGAAGGCAUCAGAGUGGCACUGGUGCAACAGGCUCCAAGAGGCUUUCUGCCUGACAGAGGCCAAAGCCCCGUGGCCCUGGAGUUUGAUCUAGUCACAUACAACAAUAAAGAUUUGAUGAAGAAACAUAUCCAAGAGGCUGUUCACCGACUGGAAGGACCAUCAGCCAUUGCUUCUGCGUUACAGUGGACAGUUGAAAACGUAUUUUUUAAGGCCCCCAGGCAAAGAAAGCACAGGGUCAUAUUUACAAUAGUUGGAAGCAAGACAAGCAAAUGGGACAGAGAGAGGCUGAGAGAGAUUUCGCUUGGAGCCAAGUGCCAAGGAUUCACCUUGUUCACUUUAGCGCUUGGCAAUGAUGUGAGCGACAGCGAGCUGACAGAGCUGUCCAGCUCUCCCACAGAACAGCACUUACUGUCAUUGGGCAGGGUUUCAACAUCUGAGAUAGCAUACGCUCAGAGGUUCAGCCGGGCAUUCCUAAAUCUCCUACAACAGGAAAUGAACAGUUACCCUUCUCCUGAACUUCAAGAAGAGUGUGAAAAUUUAGAUCGGGGAGACACACAACAAGAAGUAUCUGUUACUGAAAGUGUGCCUUUUCCUGGCUCGGAUGAAGCUGCUUACAGUCAUGGUUUGAAAGAAGUUGAAACAACUGAAAAUAGCGUUCUGGAGAAAAUUAUAACAGCUACCACAGAACUUGUAUCCACAGUGCCAAAGAUGGGAUAUGAUUAUGAGGAGAAUGAGUAUUUCACACAGGAAGAUACUAAAGAAAAAAAGCUACAAGAGUAUGGAGAAGCUCAGGAGGAGAAUGAGGAAAAUUUAGAGGCAACAGUAGGAGCUAGAGCUGCCUAUAAGGAUUAUGAUGCGUGUGACCUGCUUCAGGAUAGCGGAGAAUGUCAGGAUUAUGUUCUGAAGUGGUACUACAACAAAGGGCAGAAAAUGUGUGGUCAGUUUUGGUAUGGGGGCUGUGGAGGCAACAAAAAUAGAUUUGAAACGCAAGAAGAAUGUAAAGUCUUGUGUAUAGAAUCUUUCUAGUACAGAGACAGUUAAAUUGCUUUAAUUCUUUAAUUACACUAUCAAGAUGAUGGGGAGAAGGGCUCAAAAGGAAAUGCUUAACACUACUUGGCUUCCAGAUUUCAGGUGAGAGAAAUAGUUUUUAGCUAAGGUUUUAUCUAGUAACUUAAUAGUGAAAAUAAAGUUAAAACUAUUACUCAGCUGAUCCAAUGUAAAAGAAGGUGGGAAGUGAGAAACUUGCUUUCAUAGCCAAUAUUGUAUUGUUUAAAAGGGAUAAAAAUAUUGAAACUUGACUUUCUUUCAUAAAGACCAAAAUGUGCACUUUUUAUAUGUACUGAAUAAAAUUAAAAUAAUACCUCAUUUUCUUGAAAUAACAUUGGAUGGAAAGAAAAAUAACAUGUCAAAAUGCUUUGAUUCAUUUACUUGCAUUUAUUCUACUUGGAGAGAGUACCAAAAGUGUUUAUCUCAAAGGACAUAAAAUUGCCAAAGCUUACUUUGUGUUAAUGUAGAGAAUUAUUCUACCAUAGAAUCAUUUUCAGCUUCUUAAUUUUUUUUCCAAGUAAUCCAACA